GCGAGUUAGGCUACGUACAGAGUUGAAGUUCAUUAUCGUGAAAAAAGACAGAUGCGCACAUAACUCCUCACGAAAGCGCAUGAAUCCAUGACCAUCAUCUUGUUCCUCUUAACUGGACAACAAUGGACAAGAAUGGAUUAAUCAGGCAAUGAAUCCAGCCACACAAGUUGAUUCGAUUUCUCAUCUUAAAACGUGGAGCUGGAUGUGUAGUUUUGGACUAUAUUCCUAAGGUGAUGACCACCACGGACCACCUUCCAAACUUCCCUGACUACAGCCAGGUUCUACACAAUUUCUUCCACUCGUCGAGGACCUACACUCAGCCCGGAGUGGUUGUGCGCCACCACACUGCCCUCUGCCGACUCAUUCCAGAAAGAUGAACCAUCAGAUAUGCACACAUUACAAUUACACUGGUAAACUGGAUAACCGCAAGGAAAAGUUAAACGGGCAAACUGACCCAAAAACUAUCGCCUUCCUUAUAUUCUGUUGCGUAAUUGUCUUUGAAAAUGUUAUUGUUCUUGUGGCAAUAUGGAAAAAUCAUAAAUUCCAUAACCGAAUGUAUUUCUUCAUCGGAAAUCUAGCCUUGUGUGACCUUUUGGCGGGUGGAACCUACAUAGUAAAUUUGUUAAUGUCUGGGGAGAAGACGUUUAAUCUCUCACCAGUACUAUGGUUCUUGCGGGAAGGGAGCAUGUUUGUUGCGCUGGGCGCUUCCAUUUUCAGCCUGCUAGCAAUUGCAAUUGAGAGACACCUAACAAUGAUAAAGAUGAGACCAUAUGAUGCCAAGAAAAACGACAGAGUUUUCCUACUUAUAGGCACUUGCUGGCUGAUUGCUGUUUUGCUGGGAGCUUUACCCAUCCUCGGUUGGAACUGCCUUGGUAACCUUCCCGACUGUUCCACUAUCCUGCCUCUCUACUCAAAGAAGUAUGUGGCCUUUUGCAUCACAAUCUUCAUGGUCCUGUUGCUGGCGAUGUCAGUGCUGUACGUUCGCAUCUACACACUGGUAAAGUCUAGCAGUCGUAAAGUCACAAAGCAUAGCAACUCUGAGAGAUCAAUUGCACUUCUGCGUACCGUUAUCAUUGUGGUCGGGGUCUUUAUCGCCUGCUGGACUCCUAUCCUUAUUCUAUUGCUGAUAGACGUGGCGUGUGAGCAUCGCCGUUGUUCCGUGUUACUCAAGGCCGACUGGUUCAUCGCCUUGGCUGUGCUCAACUCGGCCAUGAACCCAGUGAUAUACACCCUAGCGAGCAGAGAAAUGCGUCGAGCGUUUUUCUGUCUAAUGUGCGGCUGUCUCACCAAAUGCAACUCUUCCCCCACCAAACCUGUAUCGGAACCCAGUCGGAGCAAGACCAGCAGCAGCCACAGGGCAAAUGACCAGGAAAAGCCGGAGGUCACAGAGCGACAGGGCACUACAUCUGAGAGGCAGCUUCCGUUGUAAAGGAAAGCUUAGUUAGUGGCUAGCGAGUUGAGAUCUCAUUCAUACCUCAUUAUCUAGCUUCGGAGAAUGUCACACACAUUGCACAUGCGUUUUAAGACUGCAUCUAAGUCUGUGUUGUCAGGUAAUGCCACGACUGACAACGACGAGAGUCUUGCACAAAAUUACUGUUGUUGUAUUGGUUUUUGCAUUUGACACGAGCCUUUGACUCCUAGAUAGUAGAUAAUGGGUCUGGUAAUAACUACCAGUAUACAAAUGCAUGGUUAUGUCAUAGCCCAAUGUAUGGGCCUCUUCCACUAUAUAAGCAUGCAUAAUAUAUCUUAACCCUAUGUCUAUUGAAUAUCAUUCAUUUCAACAAAUCAAUCAAAAAGUACUAAUUCUGGCUCUCAAAUCAUGGCUCUGUUGUUGUUAUUCUUGAUGUUUUUGUUAGUGUCACCAUGUGUGAAGGCCACUGUAAGAGGGAUGACAGCAAACCAAAGUUCACAUUCACAGUUUUAUUGCCAACAGUCAUACAGAAAGAUGAUAACUCAUACAACUGAAAAUUAAACAUGUAAACAUUGUUUGGACUUCACUUUCUGUUUGUUUGUUUGUGUUUGUUUGUCUGUCCAAAAUUCCUGUGAUCCACUGGACUGUAGUGCGGGGAAAUUGAAAUUGAAACAGAGAGAAACUUCGUUGUAUCUCCAGCAGCAAUUCGUCAAUCAUGGCCACUUCACAAAACCUUGGACUGGCUAUUGCACUUUGAAGAGGAAAUCCCAUUGGUACAAAUUAAAGGCACAUUUUCCUAAAUAUAAAUCUUGUAAUGUGUGUUCAGCCAGUUUGCUUACAAUGCCAACAUUUGGGAGUAAUAGCUCAAUUAUUUGCAAGGUCAACUCCUUAAGUUUGCAUGUAAUAAAAUGAAUCUAAAUGAAAUAAUAUAAUUUAUUUUUUCAUCGGGUAACAUAAAAUACAAAAUGUGUUUGGAACUGGAACUGGAAAGGGAAAAUGACCUUGACCUUGUUUCCACAAGGAGUGCUCACUUUUAAAUAGAACACUCCACUUAAUAAAUAACCUACUUUGUAUGUCCAUUAACAUACUAACUAUACACAAGAAUAUAUAGAAUAGUUUUUGUUGUGUCUUCCUUCCUCAUGGCUCCCUUUUAGCUUUAGUUUACCCAAGAGUGUUAUCUGCCAUUUAUAUGCCAAAGUUAGAUUGAAAUAACUAUAAAUGUUUUACUCCAGUUAGGAUAGUAUAGUCUGUUGCUUACAUAGGUAUUUUAGCAAAUAAACUAAAUCAGGAUGGAGACUGACCAACUGCAAGCUCAUCAGCUAAAUAUGACCCAUCACAUCAGUUUAAAACAGUGCAAUUGAUUGUUUUUAUUAUGACCUGCAGUCAUCAGUGAAAACCUGGCUGUAACAGUAACUGAAGUUGAAAUUUGAAAUUGUAUUAUUCCUCAAAGUGCUUCCAA